AUGGAUGAAUUCUUUGAAGACGUCUCUAUCCCUUCACCCACUGCUCCUGUCUUAACCCCAAUCACCAUUGCUCCAUGCCCUUCAAUUUCCUUGGGCAUUUCGCAAGUCCAAACCCCAAUCUUCAAUGAUUCCACCGCCACCACCACUACCUCAAAUGUUGAUCCUCCAGUGUCUGUCAAUGGAUCUGAUGCGGGGGCAGGUGCUUCGGGAUUCACAGUCAGCUAUUAUACUCUACCCAUCUCUACUAUAAGACAAGGGCAACUCAAAUCAAUAAAAAAGAAGUUGGAUUCAUUGCUUGAGUCAACAAAAGCUUCUUAUAGUGAUUCUUACUCCCAAGAGGCUGUUAAGGCUUUAAUUAAGACUACAUUAAAAGAACACGCCACAAAUCUGGAGAAGGAGAACAAGGCUGUGGAGUAUUCAGCUGUCACAUGCAAAGAAGCGACCAAAAAAGUUGAUAAACUAAUUUCUGAUGCUCGAUCCUUCAUGCGCACCUUCCAGAGCUCAAAUGAGAUCAAUACUACGAAAGUAAAUGCUGUUAUCUCCAAUCUCAGUUCCUCACUUAAGACUGAGAUGGAAGCUCUUACGCAUGUUCGCACUGGCCUUCAACACGACAACAACGAGUUUCAGAAUACAAUCUCCUCAAAGAUUGAUAAGCUUCACAACGAACUAGCCAUGGAAAAUAAAAUUGUAGAUCAGCUGGCUGCCAAAACAGGGAAGGUGAAGGUUCUCACCAUCCAAAUCAAUCAUGCAGACAAGGAGAUUACGGAGCUUAAUUCUAAAAUAGCAGACAUGAAGAGUUGUAUUGCAGAUGUCAACUCUCUACUCUCUAACAUUAUUGAAACUCGUGAUCCACUAAUCCCUAUCACUGUGAAGAAACAUUUGGCUGAAAAGCCAUGGCCUGCAUUCACAAUUCUCAACCGGCUUGAAGGUGUUUCGGAGUCCACAGUCCUUCCAUAA